AGGUAAGUCCAAUUAUUGAAGCAACUUACAUAAAGUACAAUUGGUAAGUUUUCAGAGUAAUAUACACGAUUUCUUUGCUAUUUAUGCAAAUAAACGGUACCUCGAAUAUUAUUAAGUACCACUCAAAUCAUAUUACAUAAAAACCGGCGUACCAUAUAAGAUGCAGGUCUUUGCAUCUUUCGCUGCUGAUGCUGGUACCAUCUUAGCAGCAUCACUCUCUCCCAAGCCUUUUCCCCCCUUGCGCCCGUAUAGGUACCCAAUGGCGAAGACGGACAAGUUGUACUUCAGUGAACCGGCUAGCACUGCUCGAUGUGGCGCGACUUGAAAUAAACGACCGGAUUUUUAUACCUACUCCAGUGCGGCUUUAGUGUAUAUGUGAUUCGAUAAAGUGAAGUUUAGUGGAUCAAGCAAAAAAUGCUGAUUUUUUGCAACUUUUUGGAUUAAUUAGUCAUUAAUCUGGAUCAAAGCGAAAUUGUUUAUUUUUGAGUUUAAAGGCCGUGGCGCGGUUUAAUAAUGUCUAAAUUACAUGUAAUUAACUUGUUAUGUUGCAAAAAAUAACAGUAUUAUAUAGUUUGAUCCAAAAUAUUGACAGUGACAGUGUGUAGUAAAGUGAUUAUAUUUAUAUUAUUGGAUAUACUUCACAUUUUAGGAUUCAUCAUAAUGCCGAACGGCGCCAAAGCAGAAUUACUCCACACGUAUAGCCGAAAUUAAAUUUUGCUCAAUAAGCCAUAGCUAGAUAUGGCUUUUUACAUUAAAAUGACUGCGCCUAGGGCGACAACGAGGCAAAAGUGACUCAAAAAUGAAGCCGAUUACUUUCGAAAACCUCCGCAGACUUAUCGGCGGAGGCCGCAAGAAAAAAGACAAAGAUGGGUCGUCGUUUAAGCGCAGCGAUUCGUUUAAAAGGAUAUCGAUACGGAAGAGUUACUUGGACAGAGGCAAAAAGAAGACCAACAUACCGAAACUUGAAGUGGCCACUCAAACAGUGUCCGAAGAAGAACUUCUAAGUAACAUUCCGGAAGAAUCUGUAAAAAAAGUGGACUCUUCGGUACAAGUCGACAACAACAGUGUGGUGGUUUACAGUAGGUGGCUUCAAGAAAUCAAACGGGACGAACCUGUAGCUUCUCGACCAAUCAAAGGCUCAGAACGCACCAUUAUCUACGUUCCAGCUUCUGACGAAAAAAGUCCCGUAAUACGCCAACUAUCAUCGUCACCAGUGUUUAGAAAAAAAAACAUUUCCUCCACUCAUAUCAGUCCCAAUAAUCUACAACGCACCCAAAGCAACGAUUCCGCAGUCGAAAUGUUCCCCUGGGGUGAUGCUACUGAAGUCAAAAAAAGCCCUCUACUACGUAGACGUUGCCCCACUCCAUUACUUCCGAGCGACUCUACCGAAGAGCUGUGUUCGUUGUCCAUAAGCCUCGGCAGGAUUUGGAUGGACGCUCCACAAGCCAUGGCACCGAGAAGCUUGGAAAUGCCCAAAGCCUCUUCAACCAACCCUCCACCUGCUCACCAUUCUUUAGACAGCGCCCUCAAAGACCCAGUAUCGAACCGUUUACAAAAACGCUCCACACCUCCGGUAACCAGGACAUUGAGCUCAACCAGUAAUAACACAGCUUCAACUGGAUUAUUUUCGAGCAAAGAUUCCGGGUUCAGUUUUUCCAUAAGUGCUCCCAAGUUGAGCGACUUUCAUGCUAAUUUCAGUCCGAACGGUUCCAAGGGGUUUUUUAGGAAAAAGGCCCGGACCAAACCGAAACUGAGUGUCAGUAGGGACGGGUAUUUUAAAAGGACUAGUAGUGCUAUAGUGGAAACUAGGAGGAAUUCGUUGAGGAGGAGUAGUAAGAAGAAGAAGAGUAAGGGGAAGAAGAGUAAGAAGAAGGAGAAAGAUAGUGGUACAAUUCGCAGCGAUAUUUACCAAGUGAUCUGCUCGAGACCGCAACGAGCGAUAACCGCUUUAAAACUCGACCCCAUGAUUUUCGUGCCGCCUGAAAAACGGAAAACCGUCUCGUCGAAACCCCUAUUUAAAACAAAAAUGCAAGAAAUACGAAAUUUUAAUCCUCUAGAUUCGAAUAUGUAUUCGACUACUCGGAGUAUGGAGAGUACUGAUGAAGGACUCUAUGAAAGCUUACCAGGUGAUUACGAGUAUCUUACCGAUGAUGAGGAAAUUAAUUUGGAAAGCUUUUCAAUGGAGAAAAAGGCAGAUAUAAACACUGGCGGUUAUGGGGUAGUGAGGAAGUUUUAUAAAAAUGAACAUAUUAGGUUACAAGAAGAAACAAGAAGGUACCAAAAGCGAUAUUCGUAUCGCGAGCCUGUUAACAACGACCUGGAGGACUUUUCCGAAGAGGACGACUCCCUGGUGUCGAUUGUCAGUGAUAGUAAUUCUAGUGAUACCGAAUCGAAUGUUUACGUACCACCGGGAGUGUCGCCGGUGCCGCGCAGACGUCCGGUGAGACGGAAAAAAUCCGGACUGAGUCAUAAGAGGAGCAUCACUUAUUUGGUCAAGCCUACUGUCAUUAGGGCGCCGAGUACUUUGAGGAGGCCUACAAAGAAAAUAGGUAAGAAUUAUCAUUAG